AUGACAAAAAUUUCCAUCGAACCCUCUUCCAAGCUUAAGGAAAAGGGAAAACAUUGUUAUACCAUCUCCAACACACCAUUUGAGAUUGACAUGAAAUAUGUUCCUAUUAAGGCAAUUGGAAGAGGAACAUAUGGUGUGGUGUGUUCAUCCAUCAACAAGGAUACCAAUGAAAAAGUUGCAAUUAAGAAGAUUAACAACAUAUUUGAUAAUUCGGGCGAUGCAAUCAGAACUUUAAGGGAGUUGAAACUACUUAGACAUAUUUGUCACGAGAAUGUCAUAUCAUUAAAAGAUGUUAUGAUGCCUCCACCGAAAGAAAGAAAAAGUUUCAAAGAUGUGUAUUUGGUGUAUGAGCUCAUGGAUACAGAUCUUCAUCGAGUUAUCCAGUCAUCUCAUCCACUUUCUAAUGAUCAUUGCAAAUAUUUCUUAUUUCAGCUACUUCGAGGUCUUAAAUAUCUCCACUCUGCAAAUGUUCUUCACCGAGACUUGAAACCUGGUAAUUUGCUCAUCAGUAGGAAUUGUGAUUUGAAGAUAUGCGACUUUGGGCUUUCCCGAACCAAUGGUGUUGAUGGAGAAUUUAUGACCGAAUAUGUUGUCACACGUUGGUAUCGUGCUCCUGAGCUUCUAUUGGGUUUGUUUAAUUAUGGAACCUCGAUAGAUGUGUGGUCGGUAGGAUGCAUUUUUGCCGAGAUUCUUGGAAGAAAACCAAUUUUUCCUGGGUCUAAUUCCCUUGAUCAACUUGAAUUAAUUGUUAGUGUUCUUGGGAGCCCGCAUGAAGAGGAUAUUGAGUUUAUUGAAAAUCCAAAACCUAGAAGUUUUAUCAAAUCACUUCCCUUAACAAAGGGAAUACGCUUCUCUUGGCUAUUCCCACACGCAGAUCCAUUAGCCAUAGAUUUGUUGGAAAAAAUGCUUGUGUUUGAUCCAACCAAAAGAAUUACUAUUAUAGAAGCACUGCAACAUCCAUAUAUGGUUGGUCUAUAUGAUCCAAGGUAUAAUCCUCCUGCUCGAGCCCCUAUCAAUCUUGACAUAAAUAAAAAUUGGGGGGAAGAGAUGAUUAGAGAAAUGAUGUUGACUGAGAUGCUACAUUACCAUCCAGAAGCUGCUUUUGCCAAUACAUAG